CUCUCGAAUUUUCCUCUUUUUUUUGGCCCCCGGGAAAAUAUCGUCGAGAAAGUCGGCGCCAUGGACGCUGCGGCGAGCUCCAUUGCCCUUGAUUCGGUCAGGAUCGCCCGUCGUCAGCUACGUAAUGGCAGUCCCGACUCAUCGAGGUUUCAAACGUCUGUACGUUUCCAUUUUGCGAAUGGGCAGAGGGAUUAUGAAUCAUCCCAAGCCUUAAAGGUUUCUACGGAUUUGAAUGGCGAGAGGAGUGGAGCACUUUCAAGAUCAAAUUUCUUUGGCCCCUGUGAAAAGAGAAACCAGGUUAGACAGACAUUUUGCUCUGCUGGAGUGUGCACGUACGAUGGUACUGCUGUGGAGUCCGACUCGCAUGCUGCGGAAGAAAAAGUUGGAGUGCUCCUUCUGAAUCUCGGUGGUCCAGAGACUCUUCACGACGUGCAACCCUUUCUGUUCAAUUUAUUUGCAGAUCCCGAUAUCAUACGUCUUCCCAGGCUGUUCCGAUUCUUGCAAAAACCCCUUGCGCAGCUAAUAUCUGUAAUCCGGGCUCCCAAAAGUAGAGAAGGAUAUGCUGCCAUAGGAGGCGGCUCACCUUUACGUAAAAUAACUGAUGAGCAGGCACAGGCACUCAAAGGGGCUUUGGAAGCAAAGAACAUGUCUGCAAAUGUCUAUGUUGGCAUGCGCUACUGGUAUCCCUUCACCGAGGAGGCAGUUCAGCAGAUCAAGAGGGACAGGAUUACAAGGCUUGUUGUACUUCCGCUCUAUCCACAAUAUUCUAUUUCUACGACUGGUUCAAGCGUCCGAGUCAUUCAAAAUGCAUUCAAGGAAGAUGCUUAUCUGUCAACAGUGCCUGUUUCUAUAAUACAAUCUUGGUAUCAAAGAGAGGGUUACAUAAAGUCUAUGGCGGACCUGAUUCAGAAGGAACUGGAGAGUUUCUCCAACCCUGAGGAAGCCGUAAUAUUCUUCAGUGCUCAUGGAGUACCCGUUAGUUACAUUGUGGAUGCUGGAGAUCCAUACAAGGACCAGAUGGAAGAGUGCAUUUACUUGAUUAUGCAGGAACUGAAAUCUAGAGGAGUUAACAAUCAGCAUAAACUUGCUUACCAGAGCCGAGUUGGACCUGUGGAAUGGCUGAAGCCCUACACUGAUGAAGUACUUGUCGAGCUCGGCAAAAAAGGGGUGAAGAGUCUCCUAGCAGUUCCAGUGAGCUUUGUGAGUGAGCAUAUUGAAACUCUUGAAGAGAUAGACAUGGAGUACAGAGAGUUGGCACUUGAAUCUGGCGUUGAGAAUUGGGGCCGUGUUCCGGCUCUGGGUUGUACCUCUUCGUUCAUCACGGAUCUAGCUGAUGCAGUGAUCGAAACCCUACCUUCAGCAACAGCCCUGUCGAGCCCCAGGACUUCCUCAAAUUCUCUUGACCUGGAUCCGGUUAACUAUGCAAUCAAGAUGUUUUUUGGUUCAAUAUUGGCAUUUCUCUUGCUUUUAUCCCCAAAAAUGAUAACAGCUUUCAAGAAUCAUCUCUGAGGAAGAUACAACAUGCUGUUGAACGUCAAUAAGAUUGACAUGAAAGAUUUGAGAGUAGAGUCCAAAAUCCCAUAUGCACUUCGAAAAUUGCUCCUUUUUUCCACCUUGGAUUGUCGACAUUUGCUCGUGUGGGA